CAGUACGGUGUCUCCAGUCGGACAGGGUAAAGAGGAGUUAGGAGUUGUAGUCCACAUUGAUGAACUCAGGAAUUACAUUUUUUGAAAGAACUAAAUAUAAUUUUAGCACAAUUCCUUGAAUACGGACCACUUUGAGGAUAUUUAGUUAACGUUCUGUUUGAUGGUUUCGUCAGCUAGGGAAGAGUAAAAUCAUCGCCCGCGAAUGGCGAGGCCCCGGCGCAGGAUAUGCCUCUCGGUUAAUAGGAUUACGCAACAUCGGGGACUUAGUUAGAACUAGGCCUCACGCAUUAUUAUUUUAAUAAGAACAUCAUUUGGUUCCUAAGCAGGUAUCUUCACUGAAGAUGACGGAGUUUACAUGCCUGCAGUUUGUGAGUUCCUUUGCAUUUGAGGCGAUGCAAAAGGUGGAUGUGGUAAAGCUGGCGGCACUGAGUGACCCAGAGCUGAGGCUGCUGUUGCCUUGCCUAGUGAGAAUGGCUCUAUGUGCCCCAGCUGACCAGAGUGAUGCCUGGGCUCAAGAUAAAAAACUCAUCCUACGCCUCCUGUCAGGGAUUGAAGCGGUGAACUCUAUUGUGGCCUUAUUAUCAGUGGAUUUCCAUGCACUAGAACAGGACGCUACAAAAGAACAACAGCUAAGGCACAAAUUAGGUGGGGCAAAUGGAGAGAGCAUCCUGGUGUCACAGUUGCAGCAUGGCCUGGCUUUGGAGUUUGAACACAGCGACUCUCCUCGUCGACUCAGACUAGCACUAAGUGAAUUGCUGGUGAUCAUGAACAAGGUAACUGAUUCAAAUGGAGAAUUUUUUAUGAAAUCUUCAGAACUGUUUGAAAGCCCUGUAUAUCUCGAUGAAGUUGCAGAUGUGCUGUGUAUCCUUCAAGCAGAACUUCCAUCAUUACUGCCAAUUACUGAAGUAGCAGAAGCCCUGUUGCAUGUGAAGAAUGGGUCCUGGUUCAUGUGUUUGUUGGUGGCCAAUGUCCCAGACAGCUUUAAUGAAGUUUGCAGGAGCUUAAUAAAGAAUGGUGAGCGGCAGGACGAGGAGAGUACUGGGGGCCGGCGCAGGACUGAGGCCCUUCGGCAGCUUUGUAAGAUGAAUCCUACACAGGCCUUAAAUGUCCGAGCUAUGGUGGUGGAGGAAUGCCACCUCCCUGGCCUUGGAAUAGCUCUGACCCUAGACCAGUGCAAGAAUGAUGGCUCUGACGAUACCGUGACUGACUUAGUGUCAUUUGUUAGUGGCCUGUUAUUGGGAACUAAUGCUAAAGUGAGAACCUGGUUUGGGAUGUUCAUCCGCAAUGGGCAGCAGCGGAAGCGGGAGCGCAGCAGUUCGGUACUGUGGCAGAUGAGACGACAGCUGUUACUGGAGCUAAUGGCAAUCCUCCCGACAGUCAGCAGUAGCCGCAUUGGUGAAGACACCGCAGACACGGACAUGGAGCCCAACAUAUCAGUAUACUCUGCACUGAAGGAAGAAAACGUGGUGAAGGCGAGCGCAAUGCUACGUCUGUACUGUGCACUGAUGGGAAUUGCUGGCCUCAAGCCUACUGAUGAGGAAGCUGAACAACUCUUACAGCUGAUGACCAGCCGUCCACCAGCAACUCCAGCUGGCGUUCGCUUUGUGUCCCUUUCAUUCUGCAUGCUGCUAGCAUUUCCCAGCUUAGUCAGCACACCUGAGCAGGAGCAAAUGACUGUGAUGUGGUUAAGCUGGAUGAUCAGAGAGGAAGCAUAUUUUGAAAGUACUACAGGAGUCUCUGCUUCAUUUGGUGAGAUGCUGCUGUUGGUUGCUAUGUAUUUCCAUAGCAACCAACUUAAUGCCAUCAUCGAUUUGGUGUGUUCCACUCUGGGUAUGAAGAUUGCAAUUAAGCCAAGCUCACUGAACAGAAUGAAAACCAUUUUCACACAAGAGAUAUUCACAGAGCAGGUGGUGACUGCCCACGCUGUGCGAGUACCUGUUACCAGUAACCUGAGUGCCAUCAUCACAGGGUUCCUACCUAUACACUGUAUUUACCAGCUGUUAAGAAGUCGUGCUUUCACUAAGCAUAAGGUUUCCAUCAAGGAUUGGAUUUAUAGACAGAUGUGUGAGACUACAACACCCCUGCACCCUCAGCUGAUUCCUCUGAUUGAUGUAUACAUCAAUUCCAUCCUAACGCCAGCAUCCAAGGGUAAUCCAGAAGCCACAAAUCAACCAAUUACAGAACAGGAGGUCCUGAAUGUAUUCAAUGGCCUUACCUGGGGAGAGAACAACAGGUGUCGGCAGAGACGUAGCAUCACUGCCCAGUUGCUGGUCCUCUAUUACACUCUUUCAUAUGAAGAGACUCUCUUGUCCAACAUCAAACCAUUGGCUGCAAUGCAGAAGAAGCCCAAGUCAUACUCUGCAGCACUAAUGGACCAGAUUCCUAUCAAGUACUUGAUUCGGCAGGCACAGGGGCUUCAGCAGGAGCUGGGAGGCCUACACUCUGCAUUGUUGCGCCUGUUGGCCACCAACUUCCCUCACCUGUGCAUGGUGGACGACUGGAUGUGUGAGGAGGAGGUCACGGGCACGGAGGUCCUGCUCAGCAGAAUGCUUCUGACCAGUCGGGCCAAGCGCCAUUCGCCCAAGAAGCUGCAGGAAGCUUUCCAGGUGGCUUCUGGCAAUUACACUCAACUGAUACAGAUCUUGGAGGACUUGACCCUUUUGUCUGCCAGCGAGCUGAUCCCAUUUGCUGAAGCUUUGAUGUUGGAUUUAUACAAGUUACUGGAGCCAGGGGUUCCCCGACAAAUUCUGCAAAUAGUUAAUCAGCUCUGGAGGCUUCUCAACACUGUUAUGCCAAGGAGGCUCUGGGUAAUGACUGUGAACGCCCUGCAGCCAAAGGCCAAGCUGCUUCGCCAACAAAAGUACACACAGAAUGACCUGAUGAUUGAUCCACUGAUCGUGCUGCGAUGUGACCGCAGAGUGUACAGGUGUCCACCACUAAUGGACAUCACCUUGCACAUGCUCAAUGGAUACCUUCUGGCCUCAAAGGCCUAUCUGAGUGCCCACCUCAAGGAAAAUGCGGAUCAGGACACCAAACUGUAUCAGAACAAUACAAUGGGGAUUGUGGGGCAGCCUGACACUCCAGAGGUCACAAGGGAGGAACUGAAAAAUGCCUUAUUGUCAGCCCAGGACAGUGCCGCCGUUCAGAUUCUGCUGGAGAUUUGCUUGCCUACUGAAGAAGAGAGGUCUUGUGGUGCUGCAAGGUUUCUGGAACCGCUGGACCAAACAGGUGGUCUGUCUGAAUGCUCUGAGGACAGUCAGGACACUUUACUGAGCAAUGUCCGGGAGGUGCAGUGUCUCAUUUGCUGUCUCCUGCAUCAGUUGUUCAUUGCAGAUCCAAAUAUUGCCAAACUUGUUCACUUUCAGGGUUACCCAAGUGAGCUAUUGCCCCUGACUGUGGCUGGAAUUCCCUCCAUUCACAUAUGCCUGGACUUCAUUCCUGAACUCCUGGCACAACCACAGCUGGAGAAGCAGAUAUUUGCCAUCCAACUUUUGUCUCACUUGUGUAUCCAGUAUGCAUUGCCCAAGUCUCUCAGUGUAGCACGUUUGUCCAUCAACGUCAUGGGAACAAUACUGACAGUGCUGACCCAGGCUAAACGGUUUGCCUUCUUCAUGCCGACAUUGCCUUGUUUAGUGUCUUUCUGCCGAGCUUUCCCACCUCUCUGUGAUGAUGUUACCUCAUUACUAAUUCAGACCGGACAAGUCUGUGCCUCGCAUGUCGCCACUCAGGCACAAGAUAUUGACCCCAUCAUCACACGUCUCAAGAAUCUAAAAGAGAACCCUCACGCAAGUGCCAACUUUUACUCAAGUACAGACCUGGAGGUGAUUAAAAAGGGGGAGAAUAUUACUGAGAGUUUGGACCCUGAUGUGCUUUUGUGCCAGCGCAUCGAAGCAACUUUCUUAGAAAUAAUAAAUACAGCUGUCGUUGGAGUCUAGUACUAGAAUGAAGCUUUGUCAAGGAUCGGCUAACACUGCAACAGCUAACGUGGUAGCGUCGUGAAAUGAGACUGGUGCAUGAUGGAGCAGUUUUUUUUUAUCAGAGACAUAGGCGCUGUUUUCUGCAUAAAUCCAAAUACAGAAUGGAUUUUCAAUUACAGCCAGAGCCCAAGCUGGACCCAUUGUCUUGAAAAAGAAAUCGACAUUUUAAUAUCUUUAUAAAAACCUGACUAUUCAAUUUUCUGCAAAUUGCAACUUAGAUUUGCUUUGUAAUAAAAAAAAUUGUCCAUUUACAUUUUAAAUUGGUGCUCACUGCUUGUUACCUAUGUCUUAGAGUACAUCCAUAAGCAUAUGCUGAUCAUUUGAUAAUUGUUCCUUUUUUCCUCAAUCUAACAUUCCUUUCCCACCCUCAUGCUUUGUCCUUGAGGAGAAAAUAUAAUAACCAAAAGAGAGAAAGAAAUGGACUGUGACACUGUCAGAAGUAGUCAAUUAUUUUCCAUUAUCAUAGUUUCCAAGUAACCCAUUAGCACGACUAUUGACCCAUCUCCUAAAGUCGGCAGAUCACUGCUACGUCUCUUAGUUCUGGUGUUUGUUCUGAUGACAUGACUAUUUAGAUUAUUUAAUAGAAUUGCCUAAUUGGUAUUUUAUUUAUUAAAGCUUGCAGAUUAGAGCACUACAGUACAGCCUUUGACCAUUCUGGUCUGUGGCAAACUAUUUUUCUGUCUGCAGUUUUCUUUUAUGGGCUUAUUGGUGAAUCAGCUAAGAUGUCACCAGUGCACUUGUAUAUUUUCCACAUCAGAGUCUAGCAGUAAGGUAGGAGAUGAAGAGAGCUAUAACUUGCUUUGUGGGCUGCCAUGGUUGCAACAUCUCCAGCAAUGGAGUGUCAGCAGUGUGAAAUGAGGCAACCAUUAAAUAUGUAACUUAACAGGUAAUUCCUAGAAAAGUAGUACACUGUGGUGUUGAAGUGAUUAAGGAACCUGUAGUUACAUCUUGACAGUAAUGACCCAAGUCUCCCAACGUUACAGUAUCCCUUUAAAUAUAGCAGGAGAGAUAACAACUAACAAAGGGGGCUACUGACAUUGUUACAAAAUAGUUGUAUAAUUUCCUGAUCCCACUUUCUUAAUAUGGUGGCACUGGGUGUCAUGCAAAGUCUUGAUGAAGCUCAAACUCUUGCCUGUUCAUCUUUCUCCACAGACAUUGCCUGACCUGAAGGGUUCCUCCAGCAUUGUGUUGCAAAAUUUUUCACUCCUGCCAGAGGAAAACCUCAGCCGUGCUAAAGUGACUAACUCACCAUUUUAUAUAUCACAUCUGAUUUCCCCUCCACUUUUCUCCUUAGAAAACAGUUGCACUCUCUAUACUUAAAUGUAUUCCCUCACCCGAGGAACCAUCCUCGGAUCUCCUUUGGAUUCUCUCCACAUCCCUUCGUAUGAUGAGCCCAGCAGAACUGAAACAAUACAACAAGUUGAAGCUGGACAAGAGCAUAAGGGAACAAAAGUUGAGCAAUAAUGUUAAGACGUAGUGAAAGUACAACAAUGUUCUGGACACCAAGCACAGGAAAGAUGUACUUGAUCUUGGCAGCAGAGCAGCUUUGUGGUUGGAUGCCAUGAAUUGCUGUGAAAUUUGGUAUCUUUCUCUUCUGGCUGGCAACCUGAUCUGAAAUGAUUAUUUUCCAUAAUCUCCUUAGCAUACAGCAGGCCAGGCAGCAUCUAUGGUAAGAGUAUAAACAGCAACAUAUUGGACUGACACCCUUGAGGACUGGAAAAGAGAUUAGAAGUCAGAGUAAGAA